AUAAAUAGAGGAAGUUACCGGUGUCCCUAUCGAUGGGAGUAGUGUCAAGUCUUGUACUGAGUUUCUUUGUGUUUCACAUCUACCACGGACCUCAUAGGUUCAGGGUUUAUCAUCAGAGAAGCAUUGAGUCAUUGCCUAAUUCGUUCAUUAUCAGGAGUUAUAGCAGAGGAUGGUCAUGGAAACUCCAUCACCGCAAUGCGUUGGCCUUGAAUUUGUGCGCCAGUACUACACGGUGCUCAACAAGGCCCCCAUGCACCUUCAUCGGUUUUUCAGUAAUAAUUCGUCAUUUAUGCAUGGGGGCCACAAUUCCAUGAGCGAACCAAUUAUCGGCCAAACAGACAUACAUGAAAUGAUAAAAACUCUCAACUUUCGUGACUGUCGUGCCAAGAUACGAAUGGUUGAUGCUCAAGCCACACUUGGUGAUGGAGUAGUUAUUCAGGUAACUGGAGAGUUGUCUAAUAAUGGUAAUCCAAUGCGACGAUUCAUGCAGACUUUUGUACUGGCUCCACAAACCCCCAAGAAGUACUAUGUGCACAAUGACAUCUUUCGCUACCAGGACGAGGUUAGUAAUGUAAGGAUUAAGCACAACUGAGGAAGUUUUGCAUUU